AUUAAAGAAAAACAUUUGUUUACUAAAUUCUAUUGUCAAACAGUCAGAUAUAUUUUAUUUCGUUCUUGAAAAGUAUUUGAAUUGACUGUGAUUGUUCAAUUUCUUAAAUCUUACAUCUUAAGAUCUCAUUGUAGACACUGCCUAACAUACGUUCUAUCAUUUAUUUAAAUUUUUGUGCAGAUGCCAAUUUGUUCGAAAGAGAAACAGAAAUGUCUCAAUCAAUAUUAAUUCCACUUCAAGACGACUUUAUAGAUGAAAGAAAUGUUGCAUCAUUUGACAUGGAUGAUGAAAAUAAUAUAAACGGUGCUAGGGAGCAUGUAAGACGAAUAAUGAAGAGGCUAAUGACAGAUAAUUUAGCCCUGAAAUAUUCCUGGAGCGGACAAAAAAACACCAUUCGAUUCAAAGAUUUUCUUACUUCAAAACUUAUUUUGGAAUCUGUGGCGUCUGUGCAUACAUCAGCAAACCUUAAAACGAUGGAAGAUGCAAUACAAUCGUGGUUAAACCAUGCAUCGGAUCGAAAAAAGAAAGCAGAGAAAAAAGAGGAUCAACGUGAGUUACUAAUUAAAAUUUUAAUUUCUUGAUUUCGAAUAUUGCUGCAAUGAAGUCGCAAUAAAUCGUACAUUUGAAGAAAUUAAAAUAAAUGAAUAUAUACUGAAGAAUAAAGAGAAAAUCCAUUUUAUUGUAUGUAUAUGUGUGUACAUCCCAGUGAGAAAUGAUAAUGAAUUCGACAUCGAUUCGACGUCAAAUUGAUCGGUCAUUUUUCGAUGGAAUGUAUGUGCGACAUUUUAUUUGUAAUUUUUACAGAUGCACGACUUGAUAUAAGAAUGUAAACAAUUAAUAAGCCAUCUGCAACUGUAUUAGAAACUGUGAUUUAUUAAUUAAACUGUUAUUUAUUAAAAUUUAAAUAAAGUAUUAAAAUAUAUGUAUGUAUAUAAGUACAUAAAGAAUAAAACGUUUAAUAAAAUUUGA